UUCGGACAAUCAGCGGACGACAAUUCCUGCACUGAAACCCCGACAAUCAUGAAACUUCUGCUGAUCGUCGCCUUGGCACUGGUCGCCCUGGCCGCCGCCCGACCCUCCGACGUGAUCGACAUCGAGCAGGACCACAUGGAGCACGAGCAGGAGGGCGACCCUGGAAGGGCCGUGGAGGGCGAGUACUCGUGGGUCGCGCCCGACGGCAACGAGUACCACGUCAAGUACGUCGCCGACCGCAACGGGUACCGCGUGGUCGACGACAACGUCCUUCCGGAGUUCCGUGACGCCAAGCCCACCGGCGAAGCAGAGGAGGCCGACGAGUAGUUCUAAGGCUUGGCAGUCAAAACCACUUUCCUUCAUAAAAUGAAUAAAUAUUAAAUAAUAAAUUAAUAAAUAGAUAAACCAAUAAUAGAUAAAUGAACAAAUAAAUAUAUACUUUGACAAAA